AUGGCGUCGCUGCUGGGCUCGUACGCGUGGGCGGAGCGGCUGGAGUGCCCGGCGCUGGAGCUGCCCGGCGGCGGCGGCGGAUCGCCCGCGGCGCCGCGCGGGGAGAAGGGUGCUGCCGAGAGCCGCAUCCGGCGCCCCAUGAACGCCUUCAUGGUGUGGGCCAAGGACGAGAGGAAGCGGCUGGCGCUGCAGAACCCCGACCUGCACAACGCCGAGCUGAGCAAGAUGCUGGGGAAGUCCUGGAAGUCGCUGACCCCGUCUCAGAAGAGGCCGUACGUGGAAGAGGCGGAGCGGCUGCGGCUGCAGCACAUGCAGGACUACCCCCACUACAAGUACCGGCCCCGCCGGAAGAAGCAGGUCAAGCGUCUUUGCAAGAGGGUGGACCCGGGCUUCCUGCUGGGGGGCCUCGCCCGGGAUCCGGAGCCGCUGCCGGAGAAGCGGCCCUGCGGCAGGGCGCUGGGCAAGGAGGAGCGGCACGCCGGCUACUCGCCCGCCUCGGUCCUGCCGAGCCUCGGGAGGUACCGGGAGGGUCCGGGCAGCGGCGCCGGCACCCCCCUGGACACGUAUCCCUACGGCCUGCCCACUCCGCCCGAGGGGUCCCCGCUGGACGUGAUCGACCCCGAGCAGACCUUCUUCUCCUCCCCCUGCCCCGAGGACACCCACCUCCCUCACCUCCCCGGAAACCCCUACCCCCUGGACUACUCCUCCAGCCCUCUGCAGUGCGGCCACCCCCUCGGCCGGGUGGCCGCCCCCGUCCACCGCACGCCCUCCGGGUGCCCGCACCCGUCCUCGAGCAGCUACUACGCCCCGGCCUUCCAGCCCCCGCUCCAGGCCCCCGGGGCCCAUGCCCCCCUGGGCCAGCUCUCGCCUCCCCCCGAGCACCAGAACUUCGACGGCUUGGACCCGCUGAGCCACGCCGAGCUGCUGGAGGACAUGGACCGCACCGAGUUCGACCAGUACCUCAGCGCGCCCGGGGAUGCGGAGCCGAGCGGGCUGCUCGCCAGCGGGCACGUCCAGGUGUCUCCGGCGGCCGGCGGCGCUCAUUCCUCGGAGACCAGCCUUAUUUCUGUCCUCGCCGACGCCACAGCCACAUAUUACAACAGCUACAGCAUUUCUUAGACCCGAGAGGAGGGAUCAGCCCCGCGGGACCGGCGGAGGACGGACUCGGAGUGCUUCAUGGGACGCAGAAAGGUCUUCAGGCUUCUCCUGCCUCCUGCCGCUUCUCCUCAGGGUUGCUCAGUCCGAACUGAGAUAACGUAGAGUUUUCUCUCUGAUAGGUAAUUAAUUUAUCAACAUCGCCCGUUCUCCCAGCAGUGCUGAACUUGCCAUGAGCUGCUUUCCGGAAAGUCUCUGCUCAGGUUUCUCUCUCAGUGUUUCACCGGCUCUUCAAAGGAUAAAGGGAAGGAGAACUGGUGCCUUCCAGAUGGCUCAGACUACAAGUCCCAUAAUUCCCAGCCAGGGUGGCCAUGAUCUGCUGCUGCUCCUAAUUGUAGGCAGAUUAGAAAUGAGCCGUUUCCUAAACACACAACGCUUUAUUCUCCUACAAAGCAGGAUUAGUUUUCAAAACACCGAGUGCAAGUAAAUUAGCAUUCUGCUUGCCAGCAAACAAUAACAAAUCUUUAUUAUUUUCUGCAAUUAUUUUCUAAUUAAUUAAUAUUUAAUUAAUAUUAAAAUAUUAAUUUUGCAUUCUGCCAUUAUUUUUGAGCAGCAAGCUUGUCUUUGUGGCUUCAACCCCAUUUGGCCUCCUUUCACUAUUUCAAUUUAUAUUUAUAGAUUAUAUAUUUUUCGAGCAUCAAACCACAAGGCUACAGGGUUUCCACUGAUGCAGAGAAAGUUCCCAAAAUAGGAACGGACCUCCCAAAAUCAGAUAAUAUUUUGCUGAAUCUGCGUUGUCAUUUUACCUGUUUUAAUGCAAGAGUUCGACUUACUCCUCACAGGGAAUGUGCAGAUUCCAACAACGUUGGCUGUGCCAGCCAGGGAUCAUGGGACUUGUAAUCCAAUGUAUCUGAGGGCAUCUGCACCGAGAAGACUUUUUUAGCAUUUUCAUCAUGUCACCUUAUUACAACCUGGUGUGAUCGCCUGGUUGAAAAUUGUUCCCUUAGUAAUAAUAUUUUUGCCCAAACAUUUAACCCAAAUCAGGGUGCAGCCUGAUGCAUUUUGAGGCAGAAAAAGGUCAGCUGCGACACACACAAUCCGCACAGCCUUUUCCCCGUGUAGGACAUGUGUGUUUUUUUCUGUUCCAUGGCUACUUCAAAGACCUUGUCGUGUUUUCAGACGAGAAAGUCUUUUUUCAGUGACCCAGCAUCUGCUUCCAGUGUUGCAAUCCCACUGCUUUUAGUAGGAUUACACUCAGGUAAAACGAUUUCUGGUUCAGUUUUUAAAUCUGCAUUUGUUCAUCGCCCUCCAUCCAAAUCAACCCAUUAUGUGGCUAUUCCAAAAAGGUUAGCAUGUUAUUUGCAGGCUGGCCGUGUGCCUAAACAUUUUCAAAAUGUGAGGUUUGCUGAUUAAUUUUAAAGGCUGCUUCUGGUUAUUGGGCCUGAAGGAGAAAGCACAGUACUCUGGAUAUGCUCAGAGGCGUUGUUCGUAGUUCUUAUGUUCCUGGGCUAAAUCGUAGCUUCACUUAAGCCCAGGAUGGUGUGAAUUUAAUAGUCCACCUACCUGCCUUCACACUCUGUCUCCCGAUUCCCCAAGCCCUCAUUCCUAAGCUUGAUGCUCUGGUUUAUCAAACCAUCCCCUGCCAAAAGAUAUGGCAGCAUUUAGAAAUUAAAAAGGAAUUCUUUUUUGAUGUAGGUUCUGCCAUAAAUGACACUGUACAUAGAUAAGUUUCACAGCAUCACAUGCACACACGAAUUUUGUAUUGCUAGAAAAUUGACUAUGUUUCUUUGUUAAUCAGUUUAGUAGAGUUAAUCUUAAUGUAAUGACCAGUUAGCUGGUUUAUAUAAUUCUGUUUUUGUUUUUAUAAUUUUAUGCCUCACGUGUGUUCUUUCAUCUACAAAUAAUGCUUUUAUAUAUAAAAAAUAAAUGAAUCAAACAUCACACAAA